CAUCGCGCAUCGCACUCUGCACCACAAACAUCACCCACACCCACACCCACCCACCGCCGCAAUGUCCGCCGCUGCUGCCCCGUCCGCGCCCCAGGGCGUGCUCGUCACCGCCUCCAAGGUCGUCGUGCCCUUCAAGACCGAGCUCAUCCAGGACAUCUCUGCCGACCGCUUCAAGGGCCGCCCGCCGCACCUCGUCGGCAUUCUCGCGACCAAGAAGGAGGACGCGAGGAGUUAUGCCGAGUUCACCAAGCGUGCCUGCGAGCAGAUUGGCAUCAACUUUGAGCUGCGCUUUGUCGGCCAGGCUCGCGAGGGCAUGGACGGCGAGGGCGUCGGCAUCGGAGUCGAGGAGGCUAUACUCGAGGCCAACGAGGACGACGACGUCGACGGCAUCAUGGUCUACUACCCCAUCUACGGCGACCGCCAAGACCAGUACCUCCAGUCGGUUGUCGACCCCGUCAAGGACGUCGAGGGCCUCAACCACCAGUUCCUCUUCAACCUGUACCACAACAUCCGUUUCAUCUCGCCCGCUACCCUCCGCCCCAUCCCAGCAUCGCACCUGCCGCAGAGCACCGACCCCAAGAAGGACGACCAGCCCCCUCCCGGCACCGUCAAGUCGAUCCUGCCGUGCACGCCGCUGGCGAUUGUCAAGGUGCUCGAGCACGUGGGCGUGUACAACCCGCUUCUGACAUAUGGUGACCGCGCGCGCGGCAAGGUCAUCACGGUCGUCAACCGCUCCGAGGUCGUUGGCCGCCCGCUCGCCGCCCUGCUCGCCAACGACGGCGCGCGUGUCUUCUCGGUCGACAUUGACUCGGUCGUCGAGUUCUCCAAGCGCCCCACGGGAGAAGCAAAGUCCAAGUUUAACGCGCACCACGUCAGCAACAAGACGGACAACACGUUGGAACAGUGCCUCGCCAUUUCCGACGUUGUCAUCUCGGCAGUCCCCAGCGACAAGUUCAAGGUGCCCACCGCGCAGCUCAAGGACGGCUGCGUGUGUGUUAAUGUUGCGGGCGAGAAGAACUUUGAGGCGGAUGUUCGCGAGCGGGCCUCGAUCUACGUCCCAAGUGUCGGCGUCAUGACCAUUGCCAUGCUGCAGCGCAACCUGCUCCGUCUCUGCACGUACCAGGACAUUGUCAAGGCGUCGCGUGCGUAAAACCUCUGCUCCUAGAGUGGUAUCCAUAUGUUACAAUGCAAUUAUCUGCGUGCUAGCUGCUAGCUGCUCAGUCCGUGGUGCCCUUGUUGUUGGGGUCCCAUGCGGUGCCCUCGAGCCCGUUCAUGGUGUGGAGGGGGUGCUCUUCGCGGGCUUGGUCGAGGAGGGUGGUGAGGUUGGUGUUCUGGGCGAUUGCUUUCUGCAGAGCGUGAGCGAGCGAAGCGAGCGAGCGGGGUGUGGGGGUGUGGGUGUGUGGGCUGCGUGACAUGCUCUCCUCGGCGCCUCGGCGCGAUCGGCGAGGAGACAGGCGACUCCGCAGCUCUGGGGAGGAAGAGCUGAGACCGCCCAGUCUGCGCCUCCUCCCUCCCCGACCAACUCUUCUCUCCAG